UUUUACCACUGCAGUUCUGUUCGGACCCUUGAAUUUGGCGCGCAGAUUGUACUCUUCCAGUCCAGUAGGUGUCAGAUCUCUGAAGUUGUCAGUUAUACGUUUAGGUGCUUUUUCUUUCAAACGUUUUCGUACAAUUAAUAACCUGUGUACGUUUUAAGGAUGGGUGUCUUGGAAGCUUGCGAAAAUUAUUUUGGCACAUCCGAUCUGUACAAAGUCCUUGGUGUGACUAAGGUGGCUUCUGAGGAGGAACUUCGUAAAGGUUAUUACAAAGUGUCACUGAAGGUACAUCCAGAUAGAGUGGCUCAAGAAGAAGUAGCUGUUGCUACUCAGAAGUUCCAGGUCCUGGGUAAAGUUUAUGCUAUCCUCACUGACAAGGAGCAGAAAGCAGUGUAUGAUGAACAGGGCAUUGUGGAUGAAGAAUCUUCUUGUAUCAGCUGUGACCGGGACUGGUACGACUACUGGAGAUUACUCUUUAAAAAGGUAACAGCAGAUGACAUAAAGAAUUUUGAAAAGACUUACAAAGGUACUGAGGAAGAACUGGGUGAUAUUAAGAAAGCCUAUUUGAAAGCUAAAGGGGACAUGGACCAAAUUAUGAUGUCAGUGAUGUGCCUUCAAGAUGAAGAAGAACCACGGGUUAGGGAUAUCAUACAGGAAGCAAUUGACUCCGGAGAUCUUCCUGCUUUUGAUGCUUUUGUGAAUGAGUCUGAACAGAAACGUGAAGCAAGAAAAAGAAAAGCAGAAAAAGAAGCUAGAGAGGCAGAAAAACAAGCUAAGAAAGAAGCUAAAAAGGCUGCGAAAGAAAUGAAAAAGCAUGGUCUUGAUGAUGACGACGACUCAUUAAAAGCAUUGAUUCAGAAAAGGCAAGAAGAUCGUGCAAAAACGGCUGACAGUUUUCUGGCUGCCAUGGAAGCAAAGUACUGUAAACCUCCUACCAAAGCAGGGAAGAAGGCUGGUGUUUCAAAGAAAGGAAAGAAGUGAUGUGCACUGUUUUUCUCUCCAUUACCUGGAUAAGUUAAUCUCACUUACUCCUUCCAAGAAGUUGUGUCAGUCUGAGUUUACAGGAAGCUUGUUAAAAAGUACAUACUGAUAUACAGACGUAUUUAUAACUGUUGCCUUACAUCACUUCUACAUACCUAAUUAAGCUAAGAUCAACUGGGAAAUGAGAAUCUCAGUGUGCUGCAGUUUGUUUUUGAGAAGUCAGGUUGCAAAUACAGAUGGACAUCCCUAGUAUUUUUUUUUUUUAGCACUGGCUGUUUUUAAGUUGUUCCUUUUGUUUUCCUUCAGUGUUCACAUUUCAGUAGUUGUGACUCAUUAUGAGGUAGUAAUAACAGUAGGGUGUCAGAAAAGUUUGAUGCUAGAGAAUCUGUUGUGUUUAUACUGGUGGACGUUUUCUGUGACUUUUAUUUGCUACUGGUAUCACAUGCAUUCACUCUGUUUAUUGUGGGUAUGUGACCCCUUGGUGGCAAUUUAAUACUAAUCUGGGGCCAUUUUUGCCCCUUUGCACUUUUGUUACAUUUUAUUGUGAUUAUGAAAGAUACCAUUGAGAAGACAUUAGUUAAAUUUUAUUUGAUUUUUAUAUUACAGAAUUUCUGUCAAAGUGUGAGAAAUUAUACUUUUUGUAUAAUGUAUAUUAUACCUCAAUAAAGAAUAUUUGAUGCAUUUUGCAA